GUGUGUGAGUGUGCAAGACAGAGGGAGAGAGUGAGCAUGUGUGUGUAUAUGUGUGCAUGCGCGGUUUACAUCAGCAAGAGGAGGGAGACACCAUUUACUCCUUCUCUUUUUUUCUCUUUCAUCUCCAUAAAUCUAUCACUCUGAAAACAGAUACAGCCAUCCAGAAAAUAACAGAAGGAAGAGGAAGAGGCAAAGGCAGAGGAGGGGAAGUGGAGCAUGCUGAUAAAGAAGGGGAGUGCCUCAACAGCAGUCAGCAUCAUACACAAUACAUGCUGCUGACUGAUGUCUACCAUGCAACCCAGAACUGGGAACUAACCAGCCAGCUUUAUAUUCUAAAAAGCAGGACAGACAGCAGGCUACAGCAUCACAAACCUGCCCUAAACCAGGAAAAGGCCUGCAUUGCUGAGGAGGUUGAGGGGAGUUGACUUUUCGUAGGGUGACGCAGGAUCUCACCCCCUGUCUAUAGAGCUGCUGCUGUCUGACCUCCUCCCAGACUGGGCCUCUGGUUCCUGGCCCCGCCCCAGGCUGUGAAGGAUGGGUGAUGGGCCUGUGAUUGACACCCCCCGCCCGCCUUGUCCCGCCAUUCGAUGGAGCCAUUGUGGAACUCCUCCCUCCCCUUCCCACUGCCCAUGCCCAACACCUCGUCCUCUGAGUCACCCGAGGGCGGAGCUCUGUCCCAGUCAAUAGCGCUACUCGCCAUGCUGCUCAUGGACCUGCUGGCCGUGGUGGGCAACGUGGCCAUAAUGGCUGUCAUCGCCAAGGCCCCACAGCUACGUAAGUUUGCCUUUGUCUUCCAUCUGUGCCUGGUGGACCUGUUGGCGGCCCUGGUUCUGAUGCCCCUGGGCAUGCUCUCAGGCCGGGCCUUCUUUGGCGAGGCCCUGUGUCGGAGCUACCUCUUCCUCAGCGUGUGCCUGGUCAGUGCCGCCAUCCUCUCCAUCUCAGCCAUCAAUGUGGAGCGCUACUACUACAUCAUCCACCCCAUGCGCUACGAGGUGAAGAUGACCCUGGGCCUGGUGGCCUCAGUGCUGGUGGGGAUAUGGGUCAAAGCUUUGUCCAUGUCCGUCCUGCCGCUGCUGGCCUGGGCCUUACAGGGCGAAAGGACUCCUCUUCUGGAGGGUGCUGGAGUUGGGGGAGGGGGUGGAGGUGUACCCUCACCCUCUGCUGCUCAGGGUCACAGGCGAUGCUCCUUGCACUGGACAGGGGGCGGGUCAAACCGUGUUGCCUUCAUGGUCCUGUUCACGCUGGUGUACUUCCUGUGUCCACUGAUGGUCAUCCUGGUAGUGUACUGCAGCAUGUUCAAGGUGGCACGGGUAGCGGCCAUGCACCACGGGCCCCUGCCGACCUGGAUGGACACGCCCCGCCGCCAUCGAUCUGAGUCGCUCAGCAGUCGCUCCACCAUGGUGACCAGCUCGGGGACAGGGGCGGGGCGCGACACUCCUCACCGCGCCUUCGGAGGGGGUAAGGCGGCAGCGGUGUUAGCAGCAGUGGGAGGACAGUUCCUGUGCUGUUGGCUGCCCUACUUCUCCUUUCACCUGUACUCAGCUCUGUCCUCUAGCCCUCCAGCCACGCUGGCCCCCCUGGAGGAGGUGGUCACCUGGAUCGGCUACUUCUGCUUCACCUCCAACCCCUUCUUCUACGGCUGUCUGAACCGGCAGAUCCGCGAGGAGCUGGGCAAGCAUGUGCCCUGCCUGUUCCGCCAGGCAGCGGGAGAGGAGGACCGACUGCCCAGCCGUGAGGGAUCCAUAGAGGAGAAUUUCCUGCAGUUCCUCCAGGGCACUGGCUGCAACCUGGAUCCCCAGGACUCCCACAGCACCUCCAGCCCCAAGGGAGAGGCCUGCCGGCCCCUGGCCCAGCCCCCACAGCCUAUACCCAUUGACUUCCGCAUCCCAGGACAGAUUGCAGAGGAGACCUCAGAGUUCCUUGAGCAUCACCAGAUUAAAAACAACCAUAUCAUAUCGGACAGUUAGGUUAUGUAUUUAUUUUAUGUAAAAAGCAUUUUAUUCUUAACAAUCAAAAGCUGUGCAAUGGGAAAUUUAGAUUUUUUAAGGAGUGCAUAUUGCCCUGAAUCGCAUUUUGCAGCUUCACUUUCCAUUCUGUAAAGGCUGCAAUGCUAUGGAAUUUAUAUUAAUGUUCCUAUUAGAGUAUACAACAAAUAAUUUGCUGUGGAUUCUGGCAUUUUGGGGAGAAAGACAAAUGGCACAACUGUAGCUGCAGUGUAUCUGACAGGUUAAUAUUGUCAGUGAUGCCGAUAUUGGGGUUGUUUGUUAGGGAAUUCAUUUUAGAGAUUUAAUUCCUUACUUUUUUUACUUCAUAAUGCAUUGAUAGCGCCAGUAUGUUAUUAAUACAGAUGUAUUAUAUAUUCUGAGAUUUUCCUUUUGGAUUUCAAACCAAACAAGCCCUUGAGCAAAGGGGCUGUUAGAGUCUGUCAGCGUCUUUCUUUCGAUAAGCCUACUGUAAACUAUAUCAGGUUUUAUGACUUUCAGAAGUCAUCAUUGAGCCAAACACUUGUCUAAUAUCUGAUACCGGUAGAUCAAUUACUUUUGAAGAAUUUAUGUAGAAACCAAUGUUGGAGUGCAGGAAGACAUGAAUGAAAAUAUGUAAGUAUUCCUUACCCCUUUACCUCUGUAAAAUAUAAUUAAACGGAUGUAUAGUAGACAGUGAGUGAAUGGUCACUAUAUAACUACGAUAAAGAUACUGAAAGUUGGGACUUUUUGAGAUGAUGAACGAGCUACAGUACUUUAAUUGUGCCCUGGUUGUGAGGUUGAGGCACGGAGGAAGUAAGAAGUACCAUGGGGCAGCCAUCUGUUGUUGAUAGGUAAACCUCUGGGCAGAUACCACCCUCUUUCUGGUGCUUUUCCUUAACACAUCAUCUGUGUUUUCCCAUAAGCAGGCCAGGUUUAUUGUGACCACAGUUAGGAUGUAGGCAAUCUUUUCUUUACUAAUCCUGAACUACUUCUGGCCUGUCAGAAAAAUACAUUUAUUUAUCAUCUAUCUACCGUUUAGAUAGUGCAGUGCCCCUCAAAUUGACAUGGGCAGAUGUUCAGUUAAGGCAGGAGUAUUUUUGUUAAUUGAUGCACUACAUUACAUUUCUAUAGAAUUAGAUUUUUACAUUUGCUGUUUGAUGUUUGAUAAAACCUAACAGUGAGUUCAACUCUGCAACUUAAGCAUUUUAUUGUUGAUUAUUAUUAGGUAUUAUUGAUUACUGUAUCUUUUUUGAUUAAUUAACAAAAUACAAUGAUGUAUUCAAAUGGUAUACAGUAACUGUCUUUUCAAUGUGUGUUGAUUAGCUGUGGAGCAGCGGGUUGGAGAAUGUAAUAAACCAAUUAUAUUUUACAGUGCAGCUCCUCAGAGUUCUCUACCUCAGAUACAAUAUUGACUUCAUUUGCAGGUCCAGCACACAAUGUACACAUAGAAAAGAUAUGGUGUAAGUUAUGCCACAUAUUUUUAACUAUAUGCUCCCUGGGUUGCUUUCCUUCUGCAGCUGGACAAGGACAGACUGACAAAAGCUGUCCUCGUGACUUUGUCUGAGAGACCUGAUACAACGCCUUCACGUCUGCUGUCUCUGGUGUCACAUUGUGAGGGGAUUUAGAAUGGUUUGAGCUGUCCAAAACAGUACUGGCCAAUUUGAGGUAUCAGCCUUGUUAAAACAUAUAUGGUUUAUGCAAGAGUACAGAAUAAAAGGUAUUUAUUUCC